AUGUCCGCUUCACGACCAGGCGAGCACCUCACCAUCGGCUACCCGCCGCAGACCCUCUCCGCUCAGGGCCGCUCAAACUCACCGACGACCACCUCGCCUAAUGACCCCCAGUCUGCUGGCGGCACUCUUCGGUCGCCCUUUGGUAUGUCCCCAGGUCUCACGCCCACCUCGAAGAUGUCGAGCGCGUCCCGCUCCGGCGCCGGCUCGCCCUCGCACGAGAUGUCAGCCUCUGGACGUUUGUUUACCAAGCGAGCAAGGGAGAUACAAGCUCAAGAAGGCGUCCCGGGGCUGCCGUUGAAUCCGUGGGGCGGGCCUCCUACUAGUGGAAACUCGACUCCGCUUCGCGAGAACAUUCCCGAGUCGCCCACCGAUGGCUUCCCAGACUUCGCCCAAUUGCCUCCGCCCGACAGCUUGCCACAGACCCGCCGUGCCCGGGCCGGCACGCUUCCAUCCAGGUUCUCGCCCAACACCGCCGGUAAUCCUUUACUCGGCAUCCCGGCCCUGGCCUCUAAGACUUCACGCCCAAGCCCCUCGCAGACCCCUUUCAAGUCGCCCUCGCCGGGCCUUGAGGCGCCCAAUGACGCUUCCACGGCCUCAACGCUGCUCUCAAGGCUCCGCGCAGGCUCAAUGCCUCAGCGGAGUCCGUUCUCUCAUACACCCGGGACAAGUUCACCGUUCGGGCCGUCCAUUUUCAGCAGCUGGAACCCGAGCGGUCGGGACAGGGGUAACACUUUGGCCAGCAUCGCAAGCCUGGGGUCUAACGGGCCUAGUUCUCCAGCCCAAUCACAGUUCUCCCGCGAGGGUAAUGCUGAGACGGACGUUCAUAUGAGAACACUGGAUUACCUUGGCUUAGCCGAGACUCCCCAGCCAGCCCGAGCCCAGCUGGCUCCCACUGCCCCUUACAUACCCACCUACGCCGACUUCAGCAAGGCCGCAAACCGAUUCCGGUCCUAUUCGGUCAACAACAAAGACAAGUAUGCUGACGAAGAAGAGGACGAGUAUGAGACCGACCCCUUGUCGUACAUGGAGAGCCAUUACGCCCAGCUCCAGGACCAGCUCGCCGCGACCAACGCUGCGAUCCACAAUCACAACCUGGCCGUCCAGGCCUUUGCGAACCAGGCCGCUCGCCCCCGCGCGCGGACAGCAGGUGUCCUGGAUGCACCAGCCUCCCGCCUUCUCCGCAACUACCUCCCUACCCCCUCGAGAUUGGACAACUCUUUCACGGCGGCCGAGAUCCAGAUACCGGACGAGAAGGCUUUUGACGACCUCCCGCAGGCUAUCGCUGGCAUGUCCUUGGGGAGGUCGAGCAGCCGGAACAAUGGUCUGCUGGGUGCGGAUGAGCAGGGGCUGGAAGGACCCACCAGUGCUUUGUGGCUCGGCAGCAUCCCGACGUCCACCACGACGUCGACACUGACCGAGAUGUUCAAGACCUACGGGCCCAUAGUGUCGGCUCGGGUCCUGACCCACAAGAACUGCGGCUUCGUGAACUUUGAGCGCGUGGAGAGUGCCAUUGCUGCCAAAGCCAACAUGAAUGGCAAGGAGAUCUUCCCCGGUGCCGGGCCGAUUCGCAUUAACUUUGCGAAGCCGCCUUCGAGCACCGGCACACCGGGUCAUGAUGGUGCCAUCCCGUCCCCCAGCCCUGAUCCAUUUUCCAAGUCCCAGGAGAAUGUCCAAGGCGUUGGUGCCGGCGCCUCUGGCGAAACUGGGCCUGCUCCCAUGCCAGGCAACGCCACCCCGACCGCCCUUCCCCUCCAUAAGAUGACGGGAGACAUUCUUCAGAUCAUCCAGCAGUUUGGGGCGACCGAGGAAGACUGCUUCCGCAUCUCGGUGAGCCUGCAGCAAGCAAUUCAAUACAGCACGUUCGUGGACGAGAUACCGCCCAUCAAGGAGCCCGCUCACACUCGGGUCCAUGAUGCACCGAAGCUCCGGGACAUUCGCAAGAGAAUUGACAACCAGUCGCUCUCUCAGCAAGAGAUCGAGGGUAUUGCCAUGGAGAUGCUUCCCGAGAUCGCCGAGCUCGCGUCAGACUAUCUGGGAAAUACGGUCGUCCAAAAACUAUUCGAGCACUGCUCCGACGCGGUUCGUGACUCGAUGCUGGCUGAGAUCGCCCCGCAUAUGGCCGAAAUUGGCGUGCACAAGAACGGCACCUGGGCGGCCCAGAAGAUCAUCGACGUCUGCAAAACACCGCAGCAGAUGAAUCUUAUUGUGCAGUACCUGCGGCCCUACACAAUCCCCCUGUUCUUGGACCAGUACGGCAACUAUGUCUUGCAAGGAUGUCUAAAAUUUGGUUCUCCUUACAACGACUUCAUUUUCGAGACGAUGCUCAGUAGGAUGUGGGAGGUGUCCCAGGGUCGCUACGGGGCUCGCGCCAUGCGGGCCUGCCUCGAAAGUCACCACUCCACCAAGGACCAGCAAAGGAUGUUGGCGGCCGCGAUUGCCUUGCACAGUGUGCAGCUCGCUACCAACGCCAACGGCGCUCUGCUACUCACCUGGUUUCUCGACACCUGCACGUUCCCGCAGCGACGGACAGUGCUGUCUCCUCAACUCGUCCCUUAUCUUGUCCAUCUAUGCACCCACAAGGUUGCGUACUUGACGGUUUUGAAGGUUAUUAACCAGAAGGCCGAGGCCGAAGCCCGGGAUACGAUCCUCAAGGCCCUUUUCUUCACCCCGAACGACCAAGUAUUGGAAGCAAUCCUUAGUGACCAUACUUGCGGCGCAACCCUAAUUUUCAAGGUCCUGACCACGCCGUUCUUUGACGAGGCGAUUCGGGGCCAGGUUGUGGAGACUGUCAAGGCCGUCCUGGUCCGCAUUAAAGCGCAGCCAGGGCAGGGCUACAAGCGACUAAUGGACGAGGUGGGCCUUUCGACUAGGAGCAGUGGUGCUGGGAGUGGCGGCCCCCCUCGUGAGCAUGGAAACGUUGAACGGCAGCGUCCGGGCUCGCGUCAGACGACCACGGCUCCGCAUCAUCAGCAGCAGCAGCAGCAACAGCAACAGCAGCACGUUCAGCAACAAGCCGGGCAGUACGGUGGCGGUAACAACUCGCAGUACUACAACGCGAUGAACGCCGCUGCUCCCGCCAGCUACGACAUGGGCUACGUGGUUCCGCGCAGCAGAGAAGGCAUGGACCAGUUCCCUGCUUUCAACGCCCAAAACACCAUGUUCCCCACCGCUAGCAAUCCGCUUAUGGGGCCUAACGCGCUCCAGCAGAUGCAGUACCAACAGAGCAUGCUGGCCCGAGGCAAUCCGCAGCCGCCCAUGAACAACUACUACCCUUCCAUGCAGGCUGGUGGCUACGGCGCCUUCCAGGCCCCUGGCGCCUCGAUUGAUCAGUAUCGCACCAACCAGCCCAUGGCUAACGGCAGCCCCAUCCCGCCGGCAGCGCAGAUUCCUGCCGGGGCCGGCCAACAAGCUCCAUUUGGAGCCCCGGGCGGAUUUGGCAUGGGCAUGCCGCCGCCUCCGGGCAUGGGCGGGUUCCCCGGGUAUGGCGGGCCCCCUGGGGCAGCAGGAGGAUACAUGCCGCAGCCGCCGCCGUCGGAGCAAGUGAAUGCGCGUCAGCGUGGUGGUCGUGUAGGUCGCAGCCCUCAGCCUGAUGGUCGGCAGCGCCGCCCGUGA